UGGCGGCAGCGGUCUCGCGCGGCUUGCGGCCCGCUCCGCCCCCGGGUGCUUGGGCCGGCAGCACCGAGCGGAGCGGGGCCGAUCGCCGCUCUGGCGGCACCGGCACCGAAAUGGGUCUGCUUUCAGAAGAUGCAAUGCACUAGAUGUGGUGCUGGGAAGAGGAAUAGUCAUGGCAUCAGAACUAUGUAAAACAAUCUCUGAGGCAAAGCUGGAAAGGCACAAGAACUUGUUCUUAAAUUACCGAAAUCUCCAUCACUUUCCUUUGGAGCUACUGAAAGAUGAGGGGCUGCAGUACUUGGAGAGACUGUAUAUGAAAAGAAAUUCCCUGACCACAUUGCCAGAAAACCUUGCACAGAAGCUUCCAAACCUCGUGGAAUUGUACCUUCAUUCAAAUAACAUAGUUGUUGUACCUGAAGCCAUUGGCUCCCUCGUUAAACUGCAGUUUCUGGACCUAAGUGAUAAUGCCCUCGAAAUUGUGUGUCCAGAGAUUGGCCGCCUGAGAUCUUUACGUCAUCUUCGCUUGGCUAACAACCAGCUGAAAUAUUUACCUGCAGAGGUUGGAGACCUGAGGGAGCUGCAAACGCUGGACAUUUCAACCAAUCGUUUGAUAACAUUACCUGAAAGGCUACAUAUGUGCCUUUCGCUGCAGUACUUGACUGCAGACCGAAAUCACCUGUGGUAUGUUCCCCGCCACCUGUGCCAACUACCAAGCCUCAAUGAGCUCUCCAUGGCUGGAAACCGCCUUGCAUUUUUGCCACUUGAUUUAGGUCGUUCUCGAGAGCUACAGUAUGUUUAUGUGGAUAACAAUAUUAAUCUGAAAGGCCUCCCAUCUUACCUGUAUAAUAAAGUCAUUGGUUGCAGUGGUUGUGGUUCUCCAAUUCAAGUUUCAGAGGUGAAACUGCUCUCUUUUUCAUCGGGCCAGUUAACUGUGUUCCUGCCAGCAGAGGUGAAAUCUAUAGGAACAGAAACAGAUCAUGUACUGCCUUUGCAAGAACUGGCCAUGAGGACCCUCUAUAACACCUACUACAGCUUUUUAAAAGAUUUGAACUUUCUGACUCCAAUCUCACUACCCAAAAGCCUCUUGGAAUUGCUGCACUGUCCCUUGGGACACUGCCACCGCUGCAGCCAGCCUAUGUUUACCAUUGUCUACCCAAAGCUCUUUCCCUUGAGGGAAACUCCCAUGGCAGGAUUGCAUCAAGGGAGGACAACUGUUAGUUUUGUGGCAUACUGCUGCUCCACCCAGUGUCUGCAGACUUUUGACCUACUGAGUUGAUAAACAUUUAAAACUACUCAGGAGUCCUGCCAGUUUAAAGCUGCAUUAGACGUCGUAUCCCAUUGGUACUGGAAUACUGUGUGUGUGCGCGUGUGCCAAAGCAGCAGAAGUGCCCAGUUGGGAACACUAAGAGGCACUUAAAUCCUGCCCUAUCGAAUUUGGACGAACUGCAGAAACUUUUCAGAAGUGUAAAUACCAAGCUUUUAAAAGUAUUAACUUCUCUCUCCUCCAAGACAGCAUACAAACCAAACAAUUUCACAAGCUCUGACUUCAGGAUUUCCAGUAUUUUUCAAAUGUGGCUGUCUUCAGGUUGACCCAUUGCAUCAUUUUGAGGCAGUUUUCAUUCCUUUAUCAGGAAAAAAAAGAAGUGUUUAGUUACGACAAAUGAGUUUUCAUUUACUCCCCCCAUUCUCUUCACCCCUACACCUGGCUUCAGGUGUAUAGAUCUAAGCCUACAGAAACCGUUAAUGGAUCCUAGUGGCUUGUCCUUAGAAUUUAGCUUUAUUUUCUCCCUCUCAUCUUAAUAUUUUCCCCAGCAGAGUUAUCUCAGUUGAAUACCAAGUCCUUGACAGGUAACUAUGGUAUUUAAAUCCACAUAUUAAAAACAGAUCUUUCUGUUAUCAUUAGCCACAUUGAUUUAACUGGAGUAACUAGGAUAUGUCUGGAGACUAGAGAUCCUGUUUCAGUAAAGAAGGCUGGUACUGAUGCCUACAAUAAGUGGUCUUGCUCCAGCAUGUUUGAGGGUGUGUUUUCUUUAUUGUCAUCAUUUGAGUUUUCUAUUUUUAAAAAUAUUUCCCCUUUUGCUUCUUUGAGUUCUUCAGGAAGAAGAUGACUUCACGUAUCAAUUUUGAUUAAAAAAAAAAAAGGUAGCAAUACAGUAGUAAAUAUUUAUAUUUAUUAUAUUUUUACAAUUGCAGAAUUUUAGAUCUGCAAAGAGGUGGUCUUCAUCUUUUUCUAGAUUCAGCAUUUGGCUGAUUUGUGAAAGUGUGUUAGCCGAGUGUGUGCCUCGGUGAAGGCUGGAAGUCCGGGGAGAGGUACGUGUAUCUCCAUGCACAGGUAUACAUGCAUACACAGCUAUCUUCACAGAAAGGAUGUAGCAUUUGCUUUUGUAUAUUAAUGGCAGAUUUAGCACAAAUCUCCACUCACUAUCAUAUUUGUGGGAAUCCUUUUUUGUUGGAUCUUUUUAAUUUUCAAUAAAGGACAAAGGAUAGAAGAAAGGCCCAAAAUGGCUGCAUGACUUCAAAUUUUAAUAUUACACUGAAACAGUUUAUACAAAAUUAGCCCCUCCUGACUUGUUUUGGAAUAUAUAAUAUAUAUUUUUUUUAAUAUUAUGUGUUGGGGUUUUUUUUUACUUUCUUAGGUAUAAACUACUUGUUGAUUUAGCACAGUGUGCUACUCUGUGCAGUAGGUAGUUACAAGCUGAAAUAGAUAUGAAUGAAACAGUUUGUUAUAAAAACUGCAAGAUAAAGAGACUUAUUUGGUAGUAUAUUAGCAUAUGUUGUGGUGAGGUGUGCAUACUUUGAAGGGAGGAGGCAUUAAAAUGUUUUCCUUUUGCCAAAGAAGCAUUUGUUCCUGCUGCAGGCUUCCUGGCAUCUCUUCAAUAAAUAGAAUAUCUUAAGAGCUUAAAAGAGUACCAAAAAGGCAGUUUUGAGGGCGGAAUUUUUAGGUUGUACAUGUUACUUGUAAAAGCUUUGCUGGUUUUAUUGGGUUGGAUUUAGAGAGUUGAAUUAGCAUUAAGAAAUUUAGAACUUAAUCCUUCAGGAAUGCAAGUAUCAUCUACUGUUUAAGAGUUGUGAAACUUUAUAAAAUAAAUCCCAUUUAUUAAAUCUGCUUUGCAGUAGGGGAAAGAGCCAUGUCCAAACAGCCUUUGUACUAUUGGAUUUCUGACUCUGUCGUAUCACUAAUUUGUUUCAAUGUUGGUAUCCCCAACAGGCCCUCCCACCCACUGGGGUUUACCACUGAAGCAGCAAAACGAAUCUUCAGCUUUUUUAUUUUCCUUCAAGUACUACAUAGUUGAGAUGUGAAUUGCCCAUGCACAGUUAUAUCAGAAAAGUGCAAGUGUAGUAUGGAAUCCAUUUUUUUAAAUGAAUAAGACAGCUAUGGUAGUGUUACAAAUGCUAUUUUUUGAUGCAGUACUCUGAUCAGAAAUUUUUAGUAUUUUUACUGUGGCUUCCUCUGUCUUUGAAGAUGUUUUGUUGGAAUUUUUUGUCCUCUUUUUGUAGCAACUUAUAGACUUAAAACAGUUUAUUUCUGAAUUCAGGCUGUAAAUAUUAUUGUGGAGUUAAACCUUUUGAUCUGCUAAAAGGCACUGGUGUUUGUUUUAUUAGGAGUCAGAUAGUAAAAGUGGACCUUGAUGGGGUUUUCUUUAAUGGUUUAUUUUUUAUUUUCUUCCCAUAAUCUAAUUAUUUUUUAUUGAGCUCAUACUAGUCUCUUAUUGUCUACAAGUGCAGUUCAGAAGAAAUUAUAGUCUGUUCUAUAAGCAGAAUGAAUCUUAACUAACAUUUUAAUAGAUGAUAUUUCAAGAAUGGAAUGUUCAGUGGAUAAAUGACUUAAAUGUGCAACUGAAGCUAAAAUGUCAUACCCUAUUUUUAUAAAACAAGAGGAAAGCCAAUCGAUAGACUGAAAAUGCAGCUUAAAUUCAUAUUUUGCCGAUUUUUAUACGAACAGUGUUUGUAUUCAUCUGUAUCUUUGGGUGAUGUUGUUCUAGAUUAAAAUAACUCCAUUCUAACUUGUCCAAAUUUUUCUAAAGUUGUUCUACUGUAAGAGUAUUUUAUAACUAGCUAACAUGAGAGCCAGCUACGCAAGUUGUAGAGGGAGCUUGUUGCUAAUUGAACUGUGUAUCACUUAUUUUUCAAUAUGAAGUGUCACAGUACUGGGACUUCUCUUCAGUGUGUUCAUUUCUAGGUAAUGUUUGAUUGCUUGCUCUUGUUCAAGUUAGUUCACACUGAGAAAAAUUUUUCCUUGUACUGCAAAAAAACUGGUUCCAGCAGUUAUAAAAAAAAAAAAAUUACCAUUUUUAGAGGGGGUUUUGUCAUAAAAGUAGGACUUAAUUUUUUGCUUAAGGUGGAAGCAGGAGAAGUUUCUGGGGUUUUUUUUCCUAGGCAUUAUAAAGAGAAAGGUGCAGGAGAUAAAUGAGAGCAAGUAAGUCUUCAAACCAUUGAUAUUGCUAUAAAGCUUUUCUGAGUAAAGAUUAACUCCUAAUGUCAUGAUGGAGCACAGGCAUAACUCUUGUUUAUGUUGUGAUAACAGGAAGCAUGUUAAUAAAAUAGGGACCCUACUGCUUAUAGAGAUAACUUUUUGUUCUGCUACAAAGGAAACAGAGGAAUCUCUGUCUUUGUUUAAAAAUACUUCUCGAGAGGUUUGACUGUGGACACUUACAUUUGGAGCACUGUUCUUGGGAACCUUCCUGUUACUGCCCUUGAGGAUCAGAAAUACAAAUGUCCUUUCCUGUGUGAAGAACAAGGUCUAAUAUCAAGAAGUGCGUAUUUUUCUGGUUUGGCCUGAUGCUUCUCUUGGGCUCUUACUGAAGUUCAUUACAAACCUUCUAUUUACUUCGUUGUGGUGAGGUUAAGAUCUUACACUGAGCAGAGCGGAGCUGUUUAUUGCCAAGUUGGCUUCAAUUCUUAUAUAUCAAAUUCUGCUGAAUCCCUUUUUCUGGCAUGAAGGGAGGAUGAGACUGUUCUAACACCCGUGUGGUUAACAGCGUGUCAGGUUUUACUGACAUCACAGCCAAGCUGAAGACUGGAGAGAGACAAACCUUUCACUAGAGAGGAUGACUUUUUUGAAGGCCAUCUGAAUCCCUGUCAGAAGACCACUGAUAACAGAAGAACUUUUGCCUUGAUGUCAUUGGAGGAUGGAUCAAGUUUUAAUUGAUGAGAGAAAAAUGUGUUUUACGAUCUUUGUAUUUCUUGCAAAAACUGGGACAAUGACACAGAAGUCCAUGCCUGCUGCUGGACAGCCUAUCUACAGCUGAACUUGCAUAAUUCCAAGACAUAACCGUCUUUGCCUCUUACCUCCCUCUUAAUACUACUCAUGUUGUUGCAAAAUGUUAUAGUUAACUUGUGAUGGAAGAGGCUGAGUAAAUUGAAUCCAGAGUUUUUAUUACUUUUUGUAUUACAGACCUAUUUUGUAAGAGACCAAAGGUCUGGUGGAAAGAAAUGGCAAGGUUCAUGUGAAGUCUUCAUUGCUUUUGCUUUUACGUGCCCUUCUUUGGAUUACAACUUGAACUUGGACUGCAACUGAGUUCACUCUGUGCCUGUUGAAAGCAUAUGUGUAUUGCUUUUUUGCUCUGUAUUAACCAAAUGUCACUUAGUGUGAAGGUGAGCUUGCUAGAUGUUUUAUUUAAAGUUAGCGGUGCAAUUUAUUGUAUGUGCUUGUUAAUAAACUAUAUUUUUGGAUAGAA